AUGUCAGAGUUGUCCUUAAAAUUAUUGCAGGCCGUGGAUAAGCAUAAUGGUAUCUCCAACACUUUAGAGUUGGAUGAAUUCAAGUCCAUAGACGCCAACGCCUUACAUGCUUCGUUGACCUCUUUGUGGGCCAAGGACAUGGUUACUUUCAGCAAAAUCGAAAACGAUUUGUGGGUUUUGACGAAAGAAGCCGAAGACUUUUUGGUUUCUGGCUCACAUGAAAUCAGAUUGUUGGAUGAGGUACUUAAAUCCAUGGAAGGCUUGAGUCUUUCUGAUGUGAAUGCCAAGUUGGGCCAAGUGGGCAAAUUGGGCCAAGGUAAAGCUUUCAAAAAUGGUUGGAUUGCUAAAGACGGUGACAAGUUGGUGGCUAAAGUCAAGGAGUUGCCAAAGGACAACGUUGUUGAGCAAUUGAAAACUAUCGAGGCUACAGGUAACUUGUCUGACAAGAAAGAAUUGGCUGAGUUGAAGAAGAGAAAGUUGAUCAGCAUGACAAAGAUCAUUGGAUACAAGGUUGAAAAGGCAGCUAAGUUCGCCUUGACCAUCACAAAUUACGAGACGGAUAUCACUUCUGAGAUGAUCACUUCUGGCUCUUGGAAGGAUGCUCAAUUCAAGUCAUACAAUUUCAACUCUGAAGGUGUGUACCCUCAGUCUGGUGCUUUGCAUCCAUUAAUGAAAGUCAGAGAAGAAUUUAGACAGAUUUUCUUUUCCAUGGGUUUCACGGAAAUGCCUUCUAAUCAGUACGUGGAAUCUGGUUUCUGGAACUUCGACACCUUGUUUGUCCCCCAACAGCAUCCGGCCAGAGAUUUGCAAGACACUUUUUACUUGAAGGACCCAGCCGUAGCUAAAAAACCUCAAGAUGAAAAGUACUUGGAGGACAUUAAGGCCGUUCACCAAGAUGGAAAGUUUGGUUCGAUUGGUUACAGAUACCCAUGGAAAGAAGACGAGUCCCUUCGGAUGGUUUUGAGAACCCAUACAACAGCUAUUUCUUCGGCUAUGUUGAAGGAGUUGGCUAAGGACCCAAAGCCUACCAGAUUGUUCUCUAUUGAUCGUGUUUUCCGUAACGAGGCUGUUGAUGCUACUCAUUUGGCUGAGUUUCAUCAAGUCGAAGGUGUCCUUGCCGGUUAUGACAUCACCUUGGGUGAUUUGAUUGGCUUUAUGGAAGAUUUCUUCUCCAAGAUGGGUGUCGACGGUUUGAGAUUCAAGGCCGCGUACAACCCAUACACUGAACCAUCGAUGGAGAUUUUCGCCUUCCACAAAGGCUUGGGUAAAUGGGUUGAGAUUGGUAACUCAGGUAUGUUCAGACCAGAGAUGUUGGAACCAAUGGGCUUGCCAAAGAACUUGCGUGUGUUGGGCUGGGGUCUUUCGUUGGAGAGACCUACCAUGAUCAAGUAUGGUGUUUCGAACAUCAGAGAAUUGUUGGGCCACAAGGUUUCCUUAGACUUCAUAGAAACAAACCCAGCUGCCAGAUUGGAUGACGAUUUGGUUGGUUAG